AUGCAAAGUUACCUGCUGCUGCUUGUCGCGAUUGCCCUUUCCCCCCUAUGUGCACAUAAAGGGGAGGCAACCGCCAAGUACAGCUACAUAACCAGCAGAAGCAACGUACCAGUAGGAAGAUUAAAAAAUCUAAAAAAGUCCAAAACGAAGUUGCUCCUUUCCCCAGGUGAACACAACCAACAGGGGAUCAGCAUCCCGUCAAUGUUACUCUCCAAGAGAAUCAUAUUUCUAUCAUCUCCAGUAUAUCCCCAUAUAUCCGAGCAAAUAAUCUCACAGCUCCUCUACCUCGAGUAUGAGUCCAAAAGAAAACCAAUCCAUUUAUACAUUAACAGUACAGGCGAUUUAGAAAAUAAUAAAAUUAUAAAUCUUAAUGGAAUCACAGAUGUCAUAUCGAUCAUAGAUGUAAUAGAUUACAUUUCGUCUGAUGUGUAUACAUACUGUUUGGGGAAGGCGUAUGGGAUUUCCUGCAUUUUGGCUAGCAGUGGGAAAAAGGGGUUUCGUUUUUCUCUCAAAAACUCCUCGUUCUGCUUGAACCAGUCCUACUCAGUUAUCCCCUUCAACCAAGCGUCUAACAUUGAAAUACAGAACAAGGAAAUUAUGAACACUAAGAGGAAGGUCGUGGAAAUUAUUGCCAACAACACGGGGAAGGAGAAGAGCCACAUCGAGCGCAUUUUGGAGAGGGACAGGUACUUCAGCGCGCCCGAGGCUGUGCAGUUCAACUUGCAAAAUGAGAAUAAAGAAAUAGGGAAAGGAGAAAUCAAGUCGAUUGACCACCCCGCGGACGAGAAACCAUCUAACUUUCACGAGCAAGAUGGAGGGUCUAAAGGAAUACUCACCCACUUGGUAAGCAAAAAUGGAAAGAAACCAAUAGCAGGGGAGCUGCCCAAUUUAGUGCUUGCAAUUUUGAAGGAAAAAUCGUCUCUACAGUCAGAAAAAAAAACGCUAAUAGAUCAGUACAAACAAAUUGUGUGUGUACGUUUGGAAGGGGGGUCCCAAAAUAGUGCAGAUAAAAAGGACGCCCUCAAUUUUUCGGACAUUUUUGCCACCCUGUAUUUGUGUUACACGGAAAAGAUAUUCGACUUGGACUUCGUGACCAAAGUGAAUGCCGCGCUGGAAGUGCUGCUCAGCGGGGUGGGCGGCAAAAUGGAUCAAAUGGAUCAAAUGGAUCAAAGCGAUCAAAGCGGCCAUCGUGGUAAUCCAGGCAAUCGUGGCAAUCGCGGUGAAGGGGAGAAAGACGUGCUGAACGAGGCCACCAUCAACCACUGCAUGAUGAUGUUACACUACUUAUCCUCCUUAAAUGUCAAAAAUGUAACAUUAUGCAACCAAGUGAGGGACUAUAUCGUAAGCAACGAGGUGCCCCCCCUGGUCAUCUACCAUUACCUAGAAUGCCUGAGCCUGCUAGCCGACUCGACCGACAGAAGAGGCAAGAAUAGUCUGCGCGAUUAUGUUGUUCCCGUCGUAGAAAUUUUCUUGGAAAAUUUUUACAACUUCAACAAUUACCUUGUGCUGCGCAUUCUGCAGUUCCUACAUAAACUGAGCUUUAUGGACGCAGAACUAUUUCUCCUGCUGACAAGGAAGAUAAAUAAAAAUGUGUAUCGGGAGAAUGCGAACCGGUUUGAGUUGUGCUUGCUGGCGCGUACAUACGCCCUCUACAAAAAGGAAAACAUCACCUUUAAUAAUUACCUGUGUGAAGAUUUGAUGAGCAGCUUGACCAAGUAUGAGGACAACUUUCAGAGCGACGAGGAUGGCCCGGUUAGCAGUCCGGUUAGCAGUCCGGUUAGCGGCCCGGUUAGCGGCCAAGUUGGCAACCCGGAUAGCCACCCAGAUGGCAGCACCCCUGACGACGAAUCUUCCCGCUUGCUGCAAAGCCAACCCGCGAACACCCCCGACGUGCUCGAAAUUGAAAACGUGAACCGGCAGAACUACCCCCUCUUUAAGCACCCCCUGUACAACGGCGGAUUGAACUUCUACGCCUUCUUCGUUGACGCGAAGACAACCAACAGGGACAAGUGCUUCGAACGGAAAAACUAUUUGAACAUGACUUUUGUAAACAGUAAUGCUAACGAGAAAGAGCACCAAAGAACCAGUACACACAUGUCCGAGUGGCACAAGCUAUUCCUUUACGAUGAGUACAAAGAGAAGGAUAUAAAAAACGAACCAUUCGUUAAAUUGGAAGACACGCAAAAGGGGGAUAAACAAAUGGUUGAAGCGUAUAAUCAAUCUUUAGCAGAAAAUCUGCACUUCCAAUUUAGCCAUAAGAAAAUUGCACAACUGUUUGAACAGGUGAGCGAACGUAUGGAUAAUGUCCAAGUCGAUUUCACGGCCGAUGAGGAGGCACCCACAGAAAUGGAUGAUGAAGCUGUUCACCAGUACAAGAAAAAAAUUCUUUAUGUUGAAAAUUAUUACAUUGGUCAUAUAUUUGACAUAGUAGACUCUUUGCUAGCUUUGAAAGCACACCACAAUUGUGCCACAUUCAAAAAAAUGGAAAAUAAAAUUUUGAAUGUUAUAAAAAAUAAUGAACUGUACAUAAUUGACAAUUUUGACAGUGAUGAAAUUAAAAGCCUUUUAAUUUUUUUAUCGCACACAAAUAGGAAUUACAAAGAGGCAUUUAUUUACUGCCUGACGCAUCGAAUGGUGGAUCUGUACAUUAAUAACUUGUGUCAGCCCAGCACACUGUCCACAUUUUUUUAUUUUUUGUUGAAUUUUACAAAGCGCAGAGUUGUUAAGAAGAACAGAUUUAACCACACCAUAAGGAAUGUCAUAUAUAAUAGCUAUUCCUGGCUGAAUGACAAUAAAAGCGUUUUAAAUCUGACCGCGGGUAUCGAUGCGACCAACUGGCAGGAAAAAGAAAACAGUGACACACGUCGCGUUAUCAAAGCCAAAAAUUACUCCCUGCUCCAAGUUCUCUCCAUGCAUGUGUGCAAAAAUGUCUAUUUUAUGAGCCUCUCAACGCUAGCCUCCCUACUCAGAUCAGUGUCUUACUUGUUCUUCACCGAUGCCAAUUUUUUUAAUGUGUUCAUACCUUUAUUUAUGAAGCACAUGGCAGAUCUGAGCAAUGUAGACAUUUUGAACAUAACUCAGGCCUACAACAAGCAAAAGAUCCAAAACAAAUAUUUCUACUACUUGCUGGCAAAGCAGUACCAGAGCAACCGUUCGGAGGAAACGAAAAAUGCCGACCAGAAAAUUAAGCUAGUUGGCUAG